CUGGGAUCCGAUCGUGACACAGUCGCCCUCCUAGCCAGAUCUCGGUCGCCGCGGAAAAGACUGGGUCAGAGCGGGAAGGAGAUAAAGUACCCCGUGCAGUCCCCUGGGCUACAGUCAGCAGGGAAGACGGAGAAGCCACCGUUGCAACUACUACCACUGUGAAUCCCAAAGGAAGUCCAGGCACCAGGUUCUAAACAAGCAGCCCCAUGGCCCUGAUGAGCACCUUGGGUUUACUUCGUGGUCCUGCAGUGCUGGCCAGAGUAUGCUCAGGGCCUCGGGGCCUCUCGCUCGGGGAGACGCGGACACUGCUGUCCCCAGGAGGCGCUGCCACUGCACUGCAGGUGGCUGGCAAGAAGGACCACACCAGCCUGCUGCCCCUGGAUGAAAGCGAGCUGGAGGAGCAGUUUGUGAAGGGACACGGGCCAGGGGGCCAAGCCACCAACAAGACCAGCAACUGUGUGGUGCUGAAGCACUUGCCCUCGGGGCUCGUUGUGAAGUGCCAUCAGACAAGAUCUGUGGACCACAACAGGAAACUGGCUCGGAAAAUCCUACAGGAGAAAGUGGAUGUUUUCUACAAUGGUGAAGACAGUCCUGUUUGCAGAAAGAAACGAGAGGCAGAGAAGAAAAAGCAAGAAAGGAAGAAAAGAGCGAAGGAAACACUAGAAAAAAAGAAACUACUGAAAGAACUAUGGGAAUCAAGUCGGAAUUCCACUGUGGAAAAAACUGCCGAUUCCUACUGGAUCUACCAGAAAGCAUCCAGGGAGUAGGUGGAAGGGUCUCCCUUUUUUUUUUUUUUUCAAAGAAAUAGUCCCUUGCACUGGGAGUGUAGCUCAGUGGUAGAGUGCUCACCUAGCAUGCAUGAGGCCCUGCGUUCAGUGCCCCAACAAUGAAAACCCAGAUGUGAUCUCACUGCCAGCCCAAUUCCUAACACUCAGAAGAUCUUCCUGUUCCAGCCUCCCUCACAGUAAGGACUGCAGGAGUAUGCCAUUAUAUCUGGAAGCCAGGCUUGGGGUCUCAUGCCUAUAGUUCUAGCACUUAGGAGGCUGAGGCAGGAGGAUUGCAAGUUCAGGGCCACCUGGACUAUACGAAAAUGAUGAUACAGUCGUUAUUACGGUACUGCCCAUGUACUCCAUUAGCUUGUUAACAGACUUGUCUUGCCAAGAAAUGUCUCUCGGGGCCGGGGAUUUAGCUUAGUGGCACUGCACCUGCCUCAAGUGCAGGGUUCUGAGUUUGAUCCCCGGUACCAAAAAAAAAAAAAAAAAAAGAAAUGUCUCUGUAGAAA